UCAUCUACCGGCCUUUAGCAGCCUUAACAAGCUUCUAGCUUAAACUUAAACUUACUCGCAUUUACACAUUUUACACAUUUACACAAACGAUUUACGUUUGCAUUCAACGACCAUCCCUCGAGAAAUUUACGUAUUCUUGAGUUUCCAGGUUUAAUAACAGGUACCUAAUAUUUACCUCUUAUUAAGGUGAAUUCAAACCAACGCCGAUAUUCGCAAAUACUUACCGACCUACCGAACAACCGACUUCCCUACCUCCCUACCUCCUACAUAACCUUUACCUUACCUUACCUUACCUUACCCUACUACCCUUUUUUUCAAGGAAUCUCCUCCAAGAACGUCUUUGGAGAUAUUACCCCAUCUUUCUUUGUCUCACUUUUUUUUCUUUUUGCGACGGUAACAGGUAGAUGUACAUCAUCUACGUACCUCUUUUUAGUCAGUCAAGAUUACCUUGGGAACCUGUUUCGACCUAAACGAACCCGGCUUAUAACUCUCACCUCAACCUGGUCUUCAAACUUCGAAUAAGUCGUUAUAAUAUCGAGUCUAAACGCCAAAAAGAAACCGACAAAAAUAAUUAACUAGAGACUUGUUUAUUAUUCAUAUCCGACUUAAAUUAUUGCAAAACCUUCGCCGCCAUGUUCGACCUCAUUCCGAAGCUCCUCUCCUCUAUAGCAUCCUUCCUCUUCCCCCUCUUCGCCUCUUACAAAGCCCUCAAGACCUCGGACCCGACGCAGCUGACGCCCUGGCUCAUGUACUGGUCCGUCCUCUCGUGCGCCCUCCUCGUCGAGUCCUGGCUGGAGUUCAUCCUCUGGUGGGUCCCCUUCUACUCCUACAUGCGCCUCUUCUUCCUGCUCUACCUCGUCCUGCCCCAGACCCAGGGCGCCCGCGUCCUCUACGAGACCUACCUCCACCCGUACCUUGAGGAGAACGAGGCCGCCAUCGAGGACUUCAUCGCUAGCUCCCACGACCGGCUCAAGUCCGCCGGUAUAGCCUACAUCAAGCGCGCUAUCGACCUCCUCCGCACCCAGGUCCUCGGCAUGCCCCCGCAGGAGCCCGAGCCCGAGGAGACGAGGGCUGCUGCUGCCGCCGCUCCCCAGGGAUACACGCAGGCGCUGCUCGCUAGGUUUAGCGUUCCGGCCGCUCGGUGGGCGUCUAAUAACACGGGCACCGCAGGGCACGACUUCUUCAACCUGCUGGCGAACGCGGUCGGCGGCCCUUCCGCUGCUGCUGCUGCUGCUAGCGGCUCCCGAACCCCAGGCGGGUCGGCGAUACCAGCCAAGGCCGACCCGAUGAUAUCCGCGGCGAGCCUGAUCCCGGGGACCUUCGGGGGCGCUGAGGAGAAGAUGACGUUCAUCGCGGCACAGCGGGAGAAGCUGGCGCUGAUGAUGGGCGCGCUGGACAGGGAGGCUCGGCAGCUGCAGAUCUCGGAGGAGGAGCGCAAGAGGACCGGGAGCAUGAACCUGGACGGGCAGGAGGGGGGCGCCAUCUCGCGGCCGCCGAGCGGGCACAGCGUGUGGAGCGGGCUGAGCAAGAGCCGGAGCGAGGUCGACUUCGAGAAGAUCGACGCCGAGAGCGGCGCCGAGGACGACAAUAAUCUACGAAGGAGGGCUCCGGCGACGGGGGCCGAGGAGAAUCCCGCUGGGAAACACGGCUGGAGCUUCCUUGGCUGGGGAACCGUGGGUACGGGUACGGGAGAGCAGACUAAUCAGCCUGAGACCGGACGCAGCUCCGGAGUCCAGAAGUAGGUACCUAAGAUUAGGUUAGGUUAGGUAGGCAAAAAAAAAACUACUGCACCUACGAACGACAUGGUAUUUAACCGCACGGAGUUAAUGGGUUUGGUUCGGGACUGGUCUGCAUAACUACCUACCUAGGUAGGGAAGGAAUUGGGGGUAGACGCGGUUUGAAUAAGGAGUUUAGAGCGUAGGAUUUCCUCUCUCUCUCCUACCCGGAGUUAUAAGGCUCUGCGUAACUGAGAGCGGCACGAUGCGUACGAUCCGGCUUUUAUAAUCAUAUCCGUUGCCAACCGUCUAUUCAUUCA